CUUACUGCUGUACUAUUCUGUCAGUUAUGUGUUGUGUAGCGGUCAGUACUUAGAGUUUAUGUUAUUUAUCACAAUAAUUAUGGUAUUGUAUAACCGAUUUUACGAAUAAAAACCAAAUAAAAACACCAGCUCUGAGAAAAAGAAGUUUACGAGACACUUGUUUUUUUGCGUAUUAUUUUCUCACGAAAUUGACAAUCAAGUCACAAGUGACACAUUGAUAAAAGUCGAAUUUGAAAAAGACCGUUGGUGAUAAACGUGAUUUUGUUUGCUUUUGCUUGUUGAGUUGGGUUGAGUGCCAUUCUCACAGCCAUGCCAUUCUGUCCUUCGUGUAAUCUGUAAAGUACCGUUGAAUGUAAAUUUAAUUUUAAGUGAAGAUGUAAAGUAAUAGUGUUGCUUAAAUUUUAAUGUCGUAUGUGCAUAUAGUACUAAAGACUGACGAAAAUGGAAUCCCGCUUUCAUAAAUGCAGAUUGUGCCUCAAACUUGGUGAAUUUUGUUCUAUAUUCGAACAAGAUGACUCGAUUAAGUUAUCUGACAUGGUUAUGUCUUUUACAGAUAUUCAAAUUUACGAAGGUGAUGGGUUCUCUGACCGUGUAUGUACCUCAUGCAUUGAGAAUUUAAGUACCGCCUACUUAUUUAAGCAACAGUGUGAACGAAUUGAUCACUUGAUUAGACAGUGCCCAGAUACUAGCAUUAACAAACCAUCUGCAAGUGACUAUAAUGACUUAUUCAACAAAGAGUUUCACAUGCAUGAUGGUACAAUGGAAGAAUAUGUAUCUGCUGAGGGUGACAACAAUGAGAACUUUUUUAAGGAUAAUAUGGAUUCUAACAGCUUCCUGACUAUAAGUGAUGAGACAGAUAGUGAUGUUGACUCCAUAAAAUGUGGAGGGUGUAAUGAGUCUUACAGUAAACUGGGCACCCACACUUGCAGGACGACAUGCACUAUUGAGCGCAAUCAACUGCAAAGGUCAAGCAGUAAUGAAACUCUGGUAGCUUCUGAUGUGUGUCCCUCUGAGCAGCCAGUUGGAGCUGCACAGUCUGCACACAGUCAUCCUGUGCGAGCCACACAACCACUGCCCGACAUCCCUGAAGACAUGGAUGUCACUUGUGUAUUAUGUGAUGAAAAGUUUGAUCAGUAUGACAAGUAUGUGAUACAUUUCAAUAGGUGUACCACCAAUGUCAAAUUGCACCAUUAUGUCUGUCCUGUUUGCCAUGACAUAUAUACUGAGAAACUGGCUUACUUAGAGCAUCUUAAAGCUGAACAUUUUAAGGUCACUUCUAAAGAGACUGUUGUGCAUUACAAAGCUGGUUUUGUUGAUCCUGGUGUGGACUGUGUUGAUUUUGUACCAUCAUUAGAGAAAACUAGGAAACCCAAGGCUGUUCGCCGUCAAAUAGGUUGGUCUGUUGAGGAUAUUUAUCAAGAGAUUGAUUGUAAAAAGGUUGAAGAAAAUAAAACACCCACUUCAAGUCCCUUUAAAAAUUUCUUUUCCAAGUUGGGGAAUGAAACAUUCAGUAGGCAGAGCACACCUAAGAAAGUGAGCUUCCGGAAACUGAUUGAAAGUGGUAAAGAGAAGACAGCUAACUACUUGCCUUUCCAGAAAUAUAUUCAGAACUAUAAACUUAAGAAGAAGGCAUCAAGUUACAGUCCUAUUAAGGGCAAGAUGCAAGUUUCCACCAGAAUUAAGGCUAGCCUUUCUGAAAUGACAUCAGACAGUGAUUAUCAUUCUCCAAGUGGCACAUCUGAGGAGUCUUGGAAGUUAAAACAAAAUUUAAUAUGUGCCUGUGAGAAAAAGGUUUUUAUGCUUUCAGAGACCAUCAAUAAUCGAGAGCGGAUCGCAGCGAUGAUAAACGAAUUGGGAGGAGUUGUGGCAGAGAAUACAAAAAUGGAAAUGUUGGCAACACAUUUCAUAGCAGUGUUACCAAACGAUACAUUUACGGGGAUGAUGGUUUGCGCGCUGGCGACCGGCAAGUGGCUGAUACAUGUGAACUUCAUAUAUGACAGCUUUAGAUGCAAGAAGUUUUUGCAGGAAUAUCUAUAUGAAUGGCUAAAACAUCCAAGAAUAUUGGAGAUAGAUUCCACCAGUGUGGAGGUGGCAAAAGCAGCCGUUUACUGGCACCUUGAGUUGGAUGCUCUCAGUGCCAAGUACCCAUUUGAGGGAAAACAAGUAGUUCUUAUCAUGAAGAGGAAGUACAGACAAUACUAUCAGAUGAUCUUCAAAACUUUGAAAGCUAAGACAGUGACUUACGAUCCUAGAACUCCAGGCAGUUGCUGCACAGCCGACUACUGUUUCGUCGAUAUGAAGAUUAUUGAAAGGGUCAAGCUCCGGUUCUUCUCCCGCCACAAUGUGCCUGUGUUUCCCUAUCAGUACAUACUGGUGUACUUGUUGAAGAGGGGCCAAGUAGAAGAUGAAUAUAAGUAUCUAUUACAAGACUGCAAGAAAUAUGCUCAAGACACUAUGUUCUUACUGAACGAUACUUAUUAGAAUAAUUAUCAUAAUUGAAAUCAUUAUAUUUUUGUUACUUCUAUUAUUGUU